AUGGUUAUGUGUGGUGGCCAAACAGAUCGUGAGUUAGAAGAUGCAGUUAAAAAGUGUCAGCAAUGCCAACUGCACCAGAAAGCCCCAGCAGAAGCACCUCUCCACCCAUGGGAGUGGCCCGGUCAACCUUGGUCACAGGUGCACAUUGAUUAUGCAGGGCCAUAUAAGGGUGACAUGUAUUUGGUGGUGAUCGAUGCAGAUUCCAUAGUGAAGUUGAGAGAAAUCUUCGCGACCCAUGGUCUCCCAGAAACCAUCCUCAGCGAUAAUGGUCCCAAUUUCACAAGUGCAGAAUUUGAGAAUUUCCUCUCAAAAAAUGCCAUCAAACACACCAAAGUAUUGCCAUACCAUCCAGCUUCGAAUGGACAGGUGGAGCGAGCAGUUAGCAUCUUCAAAGAAGGGAUAAAGAAGGGAACCAUGCAAGACAAGUUGUCACGUUUUCUGCUCAAGUACAAAACACCACACACAACAACAGGGGUUUCACCAUCGGAGCUGCUGAUGAAGAGAAAGCUGAGAUCUAAGCUUGACCUCAUAGUGCCCAACACUGCAAGUCUGGACCAUAUGCGGAAGAGCCACAGCCAAGACCCAGCAAAGUCAAAUCCUGAGAUUUUGGUACCACAAGUGGUACCAGAGGCAGAUUGCACAAAAGACGCAACCCAACCGAGUAGCCCAACCAAGCUGGUCGUGAGUUCGUCUCAUGCACAAGAGGCUAAACCAUCAUGCCCGGUCCGCGACCGACAUUUACCCGAACGUUUCAAGGACUGUGAACUUUAA